AUCUCCAUCCUUCCCACCCAGCUAAUCGUUAAAAAUAAACGUUUUCCUUCAUUUAUUAUCUUCAACUACAGAUCAUAGGUCCUCUCAUGUCGUUUCAUGGCCGAGAAGGAAGCCCAGAACGUUGUCUUACUGCUGGGGCACAAAUUCAUCUCGUCGAGUAAAAUUCGGUAUGCCUAAAUCGUGUCGUUUUGGUUUCUGAAACGCGAGUUUACGCGUCGUUCCUUAAGGAUACUCCAAUGACAACGAGGUGGAAAGAGGAAAAGGCCGAAAGUCCCCAAACUCUGAAGUCAAAUGCAUUCUCAUUUCAAAGUCCCAAGCAAAACAAAAUGAGCCCUCUCCCAGUUCAGGAGGAUGUUGCCCUCCAAAUUGCUUCGUUCCUGCAGGUGCCGGACCUUUGUUCGUUGGCCAGUUGUUCCCGGUUAUGGAGGGAGCUGUGUGGGUCGGAUUGCAUAUGGGAGUCUCUGGUACGAGACAGAUGGCCCUCUCUUGAAUUGUCCGAUGGGUCUUCUUCUUCCUCUGCAAUAAAAAAACCCAUGUCCAUGGGAUGGAGGUGCUUUUACAUGGAGUUGCACAAUGAGAAGGCGGCUCGUGCUACCUCGGUGGUUCAGUUUGUGGAAACAUGCUCAUCAUCUGCAUCCCUUGAGGUUGGGGAGUAUCAGAAGGCAAUGCAAGAUUUGCACGCACUGCAAUUUGGAUAUCAGGAUGUACAAAUGUUUCUUUUCAAACCAGAGCUUACUGUGCUGGUUAACCUACUUGGUUUGCACUACUGCAUUAAUUGGCUUGGAGUGCCGGCCAACUGUGUCCUGAAAGCACUCGAGAGUAGGAAGAUAUCUGAGCGGCAAGUUUGUGUUAAAUGGUGGAAGCUUGGGAUAUGGUCCCACGGCUUCAGAAUGCGUGAUGAAUUACUUUCUCGUCGGUUCACUCUGAUAGAUGUUGGUUUGGCCAAACAAGAGGAGGUUCUUGCGGUGCUUUAUCGAGGUGCCAUUCAUGAGGUCUUACGAGUUCAGAUCUGUGUUGCUGAUCCCUCAAGCCCAUCUUGGUCGUGCCAAAGCGCACACAGAAGGGGUUAGUGGAUCGGGCUGGGAACAAUGACUUGACAUUUAUAUAUUUACUUGUACAUGUUGUGUGUAUAAGUUAACUUUCUUAGUGUAAUCGGUGUGUGUAUAAUAUAUUGUAACUUUGACAUCGGCAUAUCUGUAUAUUAUUCGAUGUAUAUGCUGUGAAUGUACAAUUGUAUGUAGAGUGAACUCUCUAGAUUAAGCUGUGGAUGCUUGAUGUAUAUGAAAGUUUCUUCUUAGCUUGACUUGCCAAAAGCUAUCUUCAUUAUUU